UAGCAGCAAUUUUAUGCAGCUGAAAAGCGCUCUCGCUUUGCGUCACUUUCGGAGGCACUUGCCGGCACGCAGGUCUCUGAUGUCGCCAGCGCAAGGUGUUGCAGCUGCCAGUCUUGGAAGCAACUGUAGGCGCCAAGGAGGUUACAUACUUCCUUCCUCCUCCUCCAUUCGGGCGUUGAGCGCCCCCGCGAAAACGAGCGGCCGCGACCGAAACGCAGCCGAGAGAGGUGCCGCGGCGGCUGGUGCACAACGGGACGGCGAGCAGCGGUCGGCGGUCGCAGGAAAGCGUGACCGGCGGAGCGCUACUCUCGGUCAAGAACGCGCGACGACGACGCGGCGGGUCGGACACGCUGGCUGUGGAAUAAACGCGGGCGACGACCACCAUGGAAAGGCUCAUCGAGAAUCGCCAGGAGGUCACCGAACCGGUCGCCACGCACGUCACAGGCACAAUGCCCGAGUGGGUGAGCGGCAAGCUGUUCCGGCUGGGUCCUGGCAUGUGGGAGCUGGACGGCGGCUUCUCCUUGCAGCACUGGUUCGACGGCGCAGCCAUCCUUUCCGCCUACGAGAUACACAAGGGAAAGGUCUACUACAGCUCACGGUACCUCGAGUCCGAGGCGUACAAGAAAAUGAGCACCGUCAAUCGCCCCGUUGUCACCGAGUUCGGCACCAAAUGUUACCCAGACCCGUGCAAGAACAUCUUUUCGCGGUUCUUCGCGGCUCUGGUGCCCAGUGACCUGACGGACAAUAACUUCGGCAACGUGUACACACUCGGGGAUGAGCUGUUCUGCACGUCCGAGACGUGCUUCGUGUGGAAGGUCGACCAGGACUCCCUGGAAGCCAUCCAGAGGUACGACGUGAACAAGCUGGUGUCCGUAAACCUGGCAAGUGCGCACCCCAUCACUUUGGAAGACGGCACGAGCUACAAUCUGGGUGCCAGUUUCAUAGCGGGCCUGAAGUACCACAUCGUCAAGAUACCGCCGCCCAGCCAAGGCUGCGCAGGCCUGAAGCGGGCCUCGGUGGCGUACAACAUUCCGUCGAGCUGGAAGACGACGUUCAGCUACUACCACAGUUUCGGCAUGACGCGCAACUUCGUGGUGUUCGUCGAGCAGCCCCUCGUGAUCAACGCUGUGCGCCUGAUCGGCUCUCGCAUCAAGGGCUACUCCUUCAAGGACUGCUUCGACUGGAUGCCCAAGGAGAAGACCAAGUUCGUGGUGCUCGACCGCAACUCAGGCAGCGUCCUGCGCACGCGGUUCCUGGCUGACCCGUUGUUCUUCUUCCACGCGGUGAACGCCUUCGAGGAUGACGGGCACAUCGUCUUCGACAUGGUCGCCUACGACGAUGCAUCCAUCAUGGACAGGUAUUACCUGGACAGGAUUCGAAACGGGAUGAACGAAGAUAUUGAUCCUGGCUGCCAAGGCCACUUCCGUCGCUUUGUUAUCCCAGUAUCCAAGGCCAGCAGCGCCACGGAGGGCGACCUCGUGAGCCUCGGCUACAGCGAGGCUCGGGCCUACCGCCGGGACGACAACACCAUUUGGCUCACCCACGAGGAGAUGGGAUACAAAGGUUACGACCUGCCGACCAUAAACCCCAAGUACCAAGGAAAGCCGUACCGGUACUCGUACGGCAGCGGAAACUUUGAGCGACUUGGCGAGUGCCGAAAUGCGAUCUGCAAGUUGGACGUCCUAAGGCGCGAGAUGCAUCUCUGGAGGGAAUCCGACACGCAGUACCCCAGCGAAGCUGUCUUCAUGGCCAACCCCGACGGAAUCUAUGAGGACGACGGUGUCCUGCUGUCGGUGGUGAACGACACAGAUUACGACAAACCGGACUUCCUCUUGGUGCUGGACGCCAGGACGAUGACCGAGAUUGCGCGGGCAGAAGUUCCCCGUCCAGUGCGCGCCUGUACAUCGAUCCACGGCUGCUUCAUCAAGAGCUGAAGCGAGCGCCAUUCCGAAGACAGGCUCGAACUGACGAUGCGCUCGAUUGCUUAUACGUCUUCCAUGGCACGAGCGUUCUCUUCGUUUGCGCGCUGUGCUUUUGCUCGUUUCGUUUUUACACGAGCAGUUUCAUACGAGACGGCAAGGGCUUGAAGUGAAAUGUCUCGAUUUUAAUUCGUUGCAAUGAAAUUUUCUGGUUGCUGAUUAUCAGAGAAUGAUGUGGCCGUCGAAACAGUUGUGACCUGUCGAUACCAAAGCUCGUGGGCUGUUUAAAAGCGUUCACAGCACGUUGGCUAUUCUGUAGUCGUGCACCAGAAUAUGCUUCUCGUCUCGCGGCUUGGUUUCGCACGUGAACAAAAUUUUGCAUCGCUUGAUACAGCAAGAGGGGCAUUGCUGGAGUAACGUCGUUAUUGGAAGCAACAUUACUUGCUGAAAGUAAAACUAGAAUUGAAAGUAAAUGUAGGGGCUCUUGCCGAAGAUAAAAACUUCAAAACUCAGAAACACAAGUAUUAGUUGAGAAACGUAAGAAAAUUGCGCCGCUACAUUUAUACUACACUAUAAGUGGCAAACUUCGUAUAAACAUUACUUCUGCAUUGAAGCCGCAAUAUAUGUGUGUGCCUUUGUUUUCGAGUCCACACUCACGUAUACUAGCUUACCAAUGAUAUCUUGUCAUGCCGAUAGCGAUCGAGCUAGGUCAUCUGUAAAUAAGUAUAAGUUAUUAUGUAUCGAACCGUUUAUACUGCAUAUCGCUUUUAGUUUCAUGAGUUAAGGUACUUGUUUUUUUUGUUUUUUUUUUACAACUGUCAUUGUUGAAGCCUUCGUUGUUGAAGGUAUGUGACCCAAGUUGGCUUCACAGAAGUAGGAAUGAAAGUGUCUGCAGUAUUGAUGACCUUAUAGAAAGGAGCAAUUUGUGCUCCAAACCAACGUAAUUCGCCAUGAUGUCGCAACGUUAGUGUUAUUCGUGGCAGAUGUUGUAUAGUGUGACGUCUACGAUUGCCGCAGUCGGAAAGGAAAACAGCUUCUACUGACAGACGAGUGGACAGACUAUUGAACUGCUGGCGUACAUACUGCCACGAGUGGUUGUUCUCUAUUGUGGCUUAUUCGAGGCGCGAGCAUGCCUCGUGCGCAACUGUGCUUGUCUCUUUAAUUAUCAGCAAGAAACUUUAUUUCACCCAUCAGCGUCGCAUGCAAUCCUGGAUAUCAAUUCAGUGAAUGUCUCUAGCAUCCGCGUAACAGAAAAUAUUUGAUACGUUGAUGAAUCAGUGCGUGUGAAGUUCUAACGCAAUGAAAAAGAAAGACAUUCAAAAAGUAUUUUUCUAACGAAAGGCCCGAAUAUAACAGUACAUCACGCAGCUUUUUCAGGUAUGCAAUUGUUGAUAAAAUUUUCGCCUUGCGCAGGUGUUGAGGAAGUUAUAACUAAAAGUAAUGUUUAUUUCGAAGCAGCACGAGAGUAUAUUUCACUCCGUAAAAACAAUUCAGCGUGAAGAGCAGGCCUUCGCUUUUAGCGGUCCUCACAGUAGCGUCAUAGCUUGCCCUGAAGGAGUAUUACAGAUGUUUUUGUUAACAUUAAGUUGGAUAUUGAUAAACAGUACUGUACUCUUUAUGUUUAUAUAGCUAAGGAAACUACGAACACGUGGCAAACAGGGUGUCCGGAGCGAGGUGUAUGCAUUCGCUCUGUUUCUUCGGGGCCGGUGCAUGUGCUCUCUCUACACGGGGGCGUCCAACUCGGGCACGUGUGUCUUCAUCUGCGAUGGCCGACAUGCGGUUACUCGACCGAGGCUACAAUGGGGAGGCCACGCAUGUGUUCCCACUUUCGCGAUUGUUAGUAAAGGAGGCCUUUUCUGUCGCCUGUGCUCUGACACUGUGUACUCGUUGUUCUUCGCCGAUCUCGACUGGUGCCGACACUGAACAGAGUUGCAGAAAGUGCCGACGAGUCCUAACGCUUUCUCCAGGUAAGGUCACAUCGACAGCCAAACGAAGUAAACCCAAGUGUACCGAUUCACCGGCGUGACACGCACGUCCGACGCCAUGGAAAACAAAACACGUCCCGAGUGCAGCCUUACUGGAAUACAGACAAGAAUCGAGUUAUAACGAGUACAAAACAGUACGGAUCGAC